GAAGUCAAGAAGCGUCAGUCUCGUGUGUAAAGUAGUGUAGUAUAGAUGACCACGUCGAGGCAGUUAAUUAAUUCCGUUAACUGAAGGAAGACGAAGAAUGGCACUGUUCCGGUCCCUCCUUUCACGCGGAGUGCCACAGAGUCCUCCUGCUGCAGCUCUCUGUCAUGGCACAUCCCGUGUCACCUUCGCCCGGUGCCUCAGUGCUACCAAGGAAAUCCCGGGGCCAAAAACACUUCCUGUAGUAGGUGUUUUGUUCUCCAUGUUAUCGGAUAAAGAUUUUGACAAGAAUAACAUCCAUCUAUAUUUCAAGAAACUUUUCAAGAUCUACGGUCCAAUUGUGAAGCUGAAGUUUCCGGGAAAGCCGACGACAGUCAUUCUCAACGACCCAGAGGACAUGAAAUGGAUUCACCACUGCACGAAGGACAACCCUGUGAGAGGGGGGCUCGAGGCGCUAAAGAAGGCUCGCUAUUUGGACGAUUAUUUUGAGAAGAAAGGAGGUAUAACUGUUGAAGGAGGAGUGGUGACUAUGAGGAGGAAGGUCCAUUUCCUGUUAAUGAAGCUAGGCAACAUCCUACUAUGUGACAGGUAUCCAGUCACAGUUAAAACUGUUCUACAGUGGCUACCCACAAAUUUAAUUCACAGAAUUUCCAAAGAGAGGAAUGAAGAGGGCGAGUUGACUUCAGAUCUCAAGGAUUUGCUACAAAAAUGGUCACUUGAGACUGUUUGCCUGAUUUCCCUCAACAGGCACCUCGGUAGUUUGGACCCAACUCUUCCCAUUGACUCAGAGCAGAUGAAGUGCAGCAGAGCUGCCAUAGACUUCUUGAGGUGCACUUUUGAGUGUGAAGAAAAAUUCCUGUGGAAAAUUUACCCAACCAAGACCUUCAAGACAUUGCAAGAGUCUUUAAAGAUUCUUACAGAGGUGUGCGACAGGACACUUCGGGAAUUCAAAGAGGGGAUAGAGGAAAGGAACACGAGAGACCCAGAUCGUAGCCUCAACAUGAUUGAACAACUGUUGCUGGAUCCAGAUCUCUCACACAAGGACGUUGUCACUUUCAUGAUUGACCUCCUACCCGGGGGAACAGAGACAAUGACCAAUUCCAGCAUAGUGUUUUUAUACCUUCUGGCCAAACACCCUCACGCUCAAGCCAAAGUCCAAGAGGAGGUUGAUCGUGUGCUUGGAAGGGACUUGAGCCCAAUCACGGCCAAGCAAAUAAAUCAACUGUCUUAUAUCAGAGCAACUUUGAAAGAAAGCUUUAGAUUAUUACCUCCUGCUAUAGGAACAAAUAGGAUACUACAGAAUGAUGUCAAAAUCAGAGGAUAUACUCUUCAUAAAGGGUGGAACUGUAUAAUGUUGAGUGGUGUCUCUGGCUUGGAUGAGUCACAGUUCCCUCGGCCACAAGACUUUGUCCCUGAACGCUGGCUGCGGCAUCAACCCCUGGGCCAGAUUCAUCCCUUUGCCUCACUUCCAUUUUCGCAGGGAACACGCAUGUGCAUUGGUCGUCGCAUCUUUGAACAGAAUAUGUAUAUUUUGAUAGCAAGGACUCUGCAACGCUACAACCUCGAGUGGAGAGGAGAGGACCUCCGCAGAGAGCAUUCUAUAGUGUUUAAUGCCGACGAAGAGAAGAGUCAUCCCUUAUAG